GUUAAAAGAGCCUGCAGCCCGGGGUCGGCAUCAGACGGACCUUGUUUGUCAGACAGAGUGAUAUUUUUCUCCAAGCCGUACGACUGGAAAUGCGCGGACCGAUGAAGCAGGUACGCCUGGUUGUGCUGGGUGCCGGCGGGGUGGGGAAGAGCUCGCUGGUCAGCCAGUUCAUGCGGGGCGUCUUCAACACCUUCUACGAGCCCACCGUGGAGGAAUGCUACCGACACUUCCUGCAUCUCCCUGACGGAAACAUGCACUGCAUAGAGAUCCUGGACACGGGCGGCACGCACCAGUUUCCCGCCAUGCAGGAGCUGAACAUCAAGACUGCCCACGGCUUCAUCAUCGUCUACUCCAUCGACGAUGCAGAGUCCUUCAAGGAGGCGCACAAACUGCGCAAGCUCGUCGUCAAUGUCAAAGGUACAGAGAACAUCCCUCUGGUGAUGGUGGGGAACAAGUCGGACCUGGCCGUGGACAGGGAGGUGCAGAAAGACGAGGCCGUCACGGCGGCAAGAGAAGAAUGGCGCUGCCCUUUUCUGGAGACCAGCGCCAAGUACAACCGGAACGUCUACGACAUCUUCCUGGCCUUGUUAAACAGCGUGGAAACGUGCGAAAACAGAGACUCGAACAAACAGAAGGGUUCAGAAAAGAGAAGAUCGAGCGCGUCGAAAACAAUCAGCACGCUGAAGAAGCUCAUCAGAAGCAGAGGAAACUCCUGUAAUAACGACGACGUGUUCCACUAGCCGGCAACAACGAUAGCGCUUAGAGGACAAUGAUAACCUAUCCGAUUUUUCUACCUUGUGCGUUUGUAUGCGGUGUCUCCAGCUAGGAAGCAGUGCGAGACGAAGUUUUUACAAGACGAAGUUACAUGUAACAUAUUUUCUACUGAAUUCGACAGAUGUACAUGUAAAAUGUGUUGUUAGAGGCUUUGUUCUAAACAUUGACCAGAACAAAAGUCAGUCGGACAGAGUUCAUACUUGUCAGUGACGUAAAAAAGGAGUUUCGGAAGUGUAAAUGGUGUCAUAAUGAUCUGUGCGUUUCCUACGACCACCGAGAACAGUUGAUUGAAGCUGUAUAAUAAAAUCAAUCAUAUCUGAAAAUA